UAAACCACAGUGUGGGAGUGGAGUAGUGUGUGUGUGCAGUUGUAUAAAUAACCCUCAAUUUCUGUCAAAGUGCAGCUAUAACUCAAGAAAAGAUGUUGCUAAAUCAAUGGCAUCUUGUAACAGCGGUACUGCUACUGCAUGGGGUGAAGGGGACUCAGGUAAAGCUCAGCGAUGGCGGGUAUGAAGAAAUUGUCCUUGCAAUUAAUCCUGGAGUAUCGGAAGAUACGAAAAUCAUUGACAACAUAAAGGAGAUGGUUGAAGAAGCUUCUUCUUACCUCUUCAGUGCUACAAAGCAAAGAUUUUAUUUGAAGACCAUAAAAGUGGUCAUUCCUUUGACAUGGACACCUAAACCUGAAUACCAAAGAGUAACCAAAGAAUCCUAUGAAAAAGCUGAUAUCAUUGUGGCAGAUCCUUUCGUGAAAUAUGGUGACGAACCCUACACUUUGCAGUAUGGCGGAUGCGGUGAAAAGGGACGCUACAUCCACUUCACACCUAACUUCCUGACAAAUGAUAGUUUUCUCAGUGUUUAUGGAUCACGAGGCAGAGUCUUUGUCCAUGAAUGGGCCCAUCUCAGGUGGGGUCUUUUUGAUGAAUACAACAAUGAUGCACCUUUCUAUUCUGUUGGGAAAAACGAGGCUGAAGCAACAAGAUGCUCAUCUGAUAUCACUGGCAAAUAUAUUUUUCGAAAUGACAAAGGACAAAUCAGAACAUGCAACACUGAACGCCGUUCUCAACUGUUUGAGGCUGGAUGCCAAUUUAUUCCAGACAAAACACAAACAACUCCAGUAUCAAUAAUGUACAUGCAAAAUCUCAGUUCAGUUACUCAGUUCUGCGACGAGAGCAGCCAUAACAUAAAGGCACCAAAUAUGCAGAACAAAAUGUGCGACUACAGAAGCACCUGGGAAGUCAUUAUGGACUCAGCAGACUUUGUGAAUUCGUCUCCAAGAAGUGCUCCUCCACCUCAUCCCACCCUCUCCUUGCUGCAAACAAGGGACAGAGUUGUGUGUCUAGUGCUUGAUGUUUCUGGGAGUAUGCGUGAUUUUAAUCGCAUUCAUCGACUGAAGCAAGCUGCAGAAUUGUUCCUCCUACAGAUUAUUGAAACAGGUUCCUGGGCUGGAAUUGUUGUCUUCAAUAGUAAAGCAUCAACUAAGGCGUUUUUGCAACAGAUUACCAGCGACAGUGUCCGCCAAACUCUUUCAGAUCAUCUGCCAACUGUAGCAGAUGGAGGAACCAGCAUAUGUUCUGGAAUCCGUGAGGGAUUUCAGGUAUUUUUACAAAAAUAUUCAAGUACAGAAGGAUGUGAAAUUGUGCUCUUGACUGAUGGAGAAGAUUCAAGUGUAAGCUCUUGCUUUGCUGAAGUUGAAAGGAGUGGAUCUACAAUCCAUACCAUUGCUUUGGGGCCCAGUGCUGCAAAAGAACUAGAAAUGUUGGCAAAUAUGACAGGAGGUUUGACUUUUUCUGCCACUGACAGCUUGGAUUCCAAUGGCCUCAUAGAUGCUUUCAGUGGAAUUUCAUCUGGAAGUGGAGAUAUCAGUCAGCAAUCUAUUCAGCUUGAAAGUAAAGGACAAUACCUGACUCCUUACCAACGGAUGAAUGGAAUUGUUUUAAUUGACAAAACUGUAGGGAAUGACACUUUCUUCGUAGUCACAUGGAGUGUGAGCACAAAUCCGCCAGUAAUUACUCUGAGGGAUCCCAAAGGAAAAACCUACACAGAGACAGACUUUGUAAUCGAUAAAACCAACAUCCGAACAGCUCGACUCAAGAUUCCUGGAACUGCAGAGGCCGGAGGCUGGGUUUACAGAAUUCUGAAUACACACACAACAGCACAAGGGCUAUCCAUAACAGUCACCACGCGAGCAGCAUCUGUAACUGUGCCUCCAGUGGUGGUGAAAUCCUAUCUUAACACAGAGAGCAACAACUAUCCUAGUCCAGUGAUCAUUUACGCAGAAGUCAGCCAAGGGUUUUUACCUGUUAUUGGCGCAAAUGUCAUAGCCACAAUUGAAUCAGCAGCUGGAAAAUCUGUACAAUUACAGCUCCUUGAUGAUGGCUCGGGUCCUGAUAUCCUGAAACACGAUGGAAUCUACUCAAAGUAUUUCACAUCUUUCAAGUAUAAUGGCAGAUACAACAUAAAGGUGCAUGUCCAAGGAAAAGAUGAGACCACCAGACGAGCCCGUAGGCAAAGCCAAUCUCUCUACAUAACAGGUUAUGUAGAAAAUGGUGAGAUAAAAUUAAAUCCACCGAGACCUCACCCUCGUGAGGAUGAAAUCCAGGCAAAUGUGGGAAAUUUCAGUAGAAUGGCAUCAGGGGGUUCUUUUGUCAUGACCGGUGUGCCUCCUGGGAAUCCACCAGAUGUCUUCCCUCCCUGUAAAAUCACUGACCUUGAGGUAGAACUCAGCAAAAAUAAGGAAUUCCUUUUGUCCUGGACAGCGCCUGGGAAUGAUUAUGAUACGGGGAAAGCUGAAAUAUAUGAAAUAAGAAUGAGUGAAAACCCCUUGGAAUUAAGAGAUGCAACCUUCCAUAAUGCCACUUCUUUGAACACAUCUGGUCUGAUACCUGAACUUGCUGGGAUCAAGCAGUCCUUUAUGUAUAAGCUGGAAAACCUCCAAAGAGAAAAUGCCACCUCUAUCUACUUUGCCAUCCGUGCCACUGAUGAGAAUGACAAUGUUGGAGAAGCAUCUAACAUAGCCAGAGCAGUUUUGUUUCCAGAUUACACCAACCCCAAUAGUUCCUCUGAUAAUCUUAUGUCUCCCUGCAUUGUCAAAGCCAUCUUACUACAGUUUCUGAUAUUGAAAACAAUAAUACUGGCACCAUAAUUAAGACCAAGGAUUCUGUCUGCAUCCUCGGGAUGCCAAAUUGAAUGAACAGUAUCCAGUAACAUUGGACAAACAGGAAUCAAGGUUAUAUCCUCUGUGCUGAUCUGACUUUCACAUUCAUCAUAAAUCUACCAGCUAGCUGAACUCUAAAAGACCUCCAGCAUUUCUGUACUGCAAGAAAGCCAAAUAAUGACUUUCCAGUCAGUUCUUCGGAAGAGUGAGAGAGAGGUUAUGUUUCUCCCAAAGUGCUGUUUCUCUGGAAUUGACAAUGUGUUUGUAAAGAAGAAAAACUAUUUUGCAAGACAUUUAUAAAAAAUAGUAAAAUGAAAAUCUCAAAACA